AUGGAACCGGAAGCAGAGCUUGGGGAUGGUUAUUUGGGGACAGAAAUUGGUAUUCGUCGAAGAUCGGCAUCUGUCUCUGAUGACUAUUCAGUACAGAAAACAAACGAUGAUGCUACUGAAUGCAAGUACAUAGCAUCUAAACUAAAUUAUUUCAAAGAUGCAUAUGUUCAUCGAUUUAUACUGGGUGAGGAUUGUAAUCUUCGUCGUGAUCCUGAAAUUUCACGUGGUUAUUGGGCCAGGAUUGUAGCAGUUAAAGCCGUUGUGGAUGCAUUUUUAAAAGCAUUCCCUGAAAAACGCCAAAUUAUUAAUCUCGGUGCAGGAUUUGACACUUUGUAUUGGAGACUGAAAGAGGAGGGAAAACAGCUUUAUCGAUAUGUUGAAGCAGAUUUUAGUUCAGUCACUGCCAAGAAGAUUCGACAAAUGCGAAGGCCUGGUUCACCUAAUCUGGUUUCUAUGUUUUCGGAACAGCCAAAGGAAGUGGAACAUUCAGAUUUGCAUGCAGGUGAUUACCAUUUGGUUGGUGCGGAUUUGAGACAAUUAAGCGAAUUCAAGGAAAAACUUGACAGUUGUGAUUUAAAUUACAAAUUGCCGACAUUAUUUAUCGCAGAAUGUGUGCUGGUUUACAUGGGAACAAGUCAGAGUGACGCACUUUUGUCAGCAUGCGUCAGAUGGUUUGAGAAUGCUUUUUUCUUGAAUUAUGAGCAGGUGAAUAUAGGCGAUACGUUUGGCAAAAUAAUGGUGUCGAACCUCCAUGGACGUGGUAUAAUUUUGCCAGGCCUUGCCGCUUGUGAGAAUUUAGAUGCCCAGAAAAGGCGAUUUAUUAGUAGUGGUUGGAAUAAUGUUAUUGUCAAGACAAUGUGGGAAAUUUAUGGGAAGGAAAUCCCGGAUAUACAAGUGAAAAGGAUUGAGAAGCUGGAAUUACUGGAUGAAAAGAUCCUACUUUCGCAGUUGCUUGAACAUUACUGCUUUGUUAUUGCUUCAAAAAAUGCUCAUGCAUUUGAUUUUGAAUGGAAAAAAUGA